AUGGUCGAAGCGGAGUCUUUUAUCAGGCUUGGUCUGAAGAAAGAUAACUUGAAAUUCUCCAAUGCUAAAAAGAUGGGUAAUGGUGGAGGAGACCAUGAGGAAGAUGAAAAUAGAAAUAGUAAGAAUGAUGUCGUGGGUAAACUUGGUUUCUCAAUGAACGAGUCAACUAAGAAGAUCAAGACUAUUAGUUCCAAAGAUGUCCCGACUGUGGGAGUAGCACAAAAGUUAAGCUAUAGAUCAGUCAAUAGAAAGGCAAGGAACACUUUGAGGAAUAUUGACUUGGUAGAUGAAAGUGUUAUGAAAACCCCCUUGGAAAUGCUAAAGGAGCAGAAUACCGAUAUGAAGCCUAUUGAGUUAUCAGUGGGGCUACCACCUAUAAGAGAGGUAUUCGGAUACCAAUUGUCAGACGAUGACAUUUUUCACCAAAUUAUUCCAUCGUUUAUAUGGAAUUAUGAUCAAGAGAAACUGUAUAAUCAUGUGAAUAUCCCAGAAAGUACUAGUAUGAACCCUAAUGAUUUCAUCAGUAAUUUGCCUGACAAUAUCCUUCACCACAUCACUUCGUAUCUCCCUUUUGAAUCUGCGGUCCGAACUUCUUUUCUUUCAACUCACUGGAAACACCUUUGGAAAGAGGCCUUGUUGGAUUCAGUCCAUGAUGUAACCAUGGAAGCUGCCAUUAAAGCCAUACAAAGCUUUCUUGAUGGUUUUGAUACACAUUGUAGACCAAGGAAUAAGUGGGGUUUCAUUUUUGAGUUCAGUAAUGGAAGAAACAUCUUAGCUGCUAGCAUUUCUAGAAAUGGUACACUUCGACUUGAUUUCUCAGCUGGUAAACAAGAAUUCCCAAUGCCCUUUGAUUUGGAUUUGAAGCCAUUGCAAACCCAACUACCAUAUUCAAACACAAUGAAAGUAAAAUCAUUGUAUCUCGUAUCAGUAAGCCACCUGUCUAUUUCAUCUUUAGUGCCAAAUUUGCCAUUUCUCGAAAGCUUGACUAUAGCCAAAUGCGAAGGGUUACAAUCUUUACAGAUUAAAGAGGCGAAAGUGCUUCAUAAAUUAGUGAUUCUCGAUUGCCCCCAGUUACAAUCUCUCAGUUUUGAAGGUUCCUGUUUAAGAUGUUUCAGAUACAGAGGCAAAUUAGCGUCCUUUCGGUUUCAAGGGUACUGUAAAUGUACUACUUUUCGCCGGAUUUGUAUCUGUGAGUGUGGUUUAUUCUUGAAAGAUGCGAUGAUUGAUCUCAGACAAGAUUCUCUAACAGCAGGGACAUGGGACUUUGAAAAGCCUCCUUGUUAUCGUUAUUCUUGUAAUUUGUAUAAACGAACACUUUGUCGCUGCACCACGAAGAAAAAAUGUUUCAAAUCAAUUUUGAUAAGCAUAAGGAGUGUUAAAUCUCUAACAAUAUGCGGAUGGUUUUUCGAGGUAUGUUCAUUAAAGAAAUGUUCACUUUCAUAUUCAUGUAGUACUAACCUAUGUUACUCAAAUUUGUAUAAGAAUGACGGAUACAUGUUUGACAUGAAUAGAUGCUUUUAAGAAUGGAAAGUCAACAUAAUUACUAACCUUUCAUAUUUUUUUUCAGACUUCGAUGUGUUGCUUGCUCAGUUCAAGUAGAGACCCUUUGUUUUGUUUGAGCGAACUAAAGGAACUUUGGUGGAUUGAUUGUUCAAUAGACAGAGAAUCAAUCAAUGUCUUACUUUGUGAUACGGAAUCCCAGAUCUAGACACAAGAGAAACACAAAUUAGAAAUAAAACGAGAAUAAAUAAAAUUAGUUAAAAUAAUAAUAAAUAAAUAAAUAAUAAAAAGGAUAGAUUUGCCCUAU